UGCAUCUGGUAAUCCAAAGUCUCGAUUGCUCUUUGACGAACGUAGUCCAUCCGAGUCUUCACCCGACGGAUCGUCCUCCGGACGGCCACUACUUAAGAAGAAUAUCCCCUGUCCCGUGAGGGGAAAACAGCUCCAAGAUGUUUGAAUUUCAAGAUUUAUUACCUAAAAAAUUGAAAUUACGACGUCCACGGGAUCAAGAACUAGACUACGUCCACGAGCUCUAAACUACGUCUACGGGAUCAACUAGGAAAAGAUGAAGAUCAUGAAGAAGAAACAUACAUUUUUCGACAAUGGACUCCUGAGGAAACAGUUGCUUUUGAGUCCAAACGAUACGUCGAUGCCCUCGCUUCUCUCGAAUUCGUAGCAGCACUCUACACGGUGAUAGAUUCAGCGGCACUCAUUGUUAUGGCAAUAAUGCUUCUUAGUUUAUCGAGUUCAAGUAGAAAUAGAAGUCUCGAUCAUCUCAAAAGUGUCAUGAUUUCUCUAUUAAGUCAUGUUAGAAACCACGAUUUUUUCUAAUUCCAAGACGUCUAAGAAGCAUGGUUAAGACUUCUUAUGUCUGAGACUCUUUGUCCUGCUGUGCAAUAUCAAAAAAUUCUGCUAAUCUACUGGCGAACAAAUUUGGCUACGUGUUGAAUCGAACUGGGGGGUUCGCUCUGUAUGCGAGUGUCGCCACCAAUAUAGUACCUGGGACUCCUCAAGCCGCUAAAUUUGCCGAUCUAACUUUAUGCAACAGUAAGUUGUUUGAAAUUUCUAUGUAGUAGUCGUUGUUGAUCAUGAAUGUUAAAAUCUAACUUUACGCUUCUUGAGGUACUACUCGUACUACCUAACUCGACGCUUCUUGUUGAGGUACUUAAGUGCAUUAGUUGAACUUUUUUUGAAGAACAUGAUCAGAGCGGACUAGUACUAGUAAGUACAACUAUGGGUCGUUUUCUAAUCUCGAAGAUGAAUGAUCUCCACAGUUGCUUCAGAAGAUCUAAUUUGCGAACGAGUCCCUGCUUUGAAAACGGGAUAUAAAAAUUCAUGCCAGAAGGUUGCAUGUCUCGGGGUUAUGUUUCUAUCGAUCUUCCUCUUCCGAAGGGUCCGAAAGCGGAAGAAUUCCGGAAUGACGACCAGAAUCUUGCUAAGCGGUGUGAUUUUUUAUGAAGAUGGUCAUAUAAUGUAAAAUGUGCUGGUUGAAUAGAAGUUAGUAUGAACAUGCGAUCAUGUGGAUCUUUGACUCAAAUUUUUGAGUCUGAUCAUGUGGCAAGUGGAGUUUUCUUCUCUCAGUCUUAACAAUCUGGAACUACUCCUCUCUCAACGAGCUCUACUCUCGUCUAUCUCUGAUGUACUCGAAAAACUGAAAUAUGCGAGUAAAAACAUCAGACGAGAAUAACCGAGAUACUGAUGAGAAGGAAGAGCAGCCUUGAUGUUAAGCUACGCCCCUUAUUUCAGUCAGUAACUCGGUUAUUUCAGUUUUUCGAGUAAUAUAAUGGGUCUUCUGGUGCUCUCACCGAGCUCUACUCUCGUCUAUCUCUGAUGUCAUGGGUCUUGUUCUGGUGCUCUCAACGAGCCCUACUCUCCUCCUCUAAUGUUGAAUCCUGAGUUUGGGCGCAAUCAUGUUUGGAAUUUCGCGGGUGUCCGUUUUUUUCGGUUACACGCGGUUCCUGCGUUCUGUGGCUGCUGCGUCAAGAGAAGUGUUAUGUAUUUGCUUGUAGUUGUACUACUACAUAUAAUGAUUGAAGAUCGCCCGGAACACCUUACCCCAUGCGUAGCAUAGGUAAUCUCCAACUAGAAGACUAAAAGUUCACCUACAAUCUAUCCACGUUCAUCUUUCUCGCCUCUAUGUUGUUGCUUGUUCAAUGAGGUCGUUCUCGUUCAUCCAUUUAUUAUAGUGAUUGUGUUUAUGUACUUAGCACUCCUAAGGAAAAACAGCUAUCUACCACUUAUUUCUGUUCCUCAUCUUCUACUUACUUCUAACACUUGCUCUUGCAACAUCAACAUCAACCGGACCCACUGCACCUAGUCGUGUUUCAAAAACUGUGAAGGCAAAGACAGCAUUUACUGAAAUAACGACGGCGAGUAUAGAGCCCAACAUAGUAGAGGUGACGAGAAAAGUAGGAAAUAAACGUAUGGGAGGUCCUGGCCGGAGACUUCGAGCAUCUUCUCGAGCCUCCUUUCUUAUGGUUUCCGUGAACAUGAAUAUGAUAUCUGUAGAGCGAAGCGAUAGUUGUAGACCCAGGAGUAGGUACUACCAAAAAGAUGUAGAUGAAUUCUGUAGUUCUCCUGGUGCAGCGAAAAAUUUUGAAAAUAAAAAAGUACGCCUUACGCCAAGUAGGCAUAAUAUAUUUUCUUCUAAUUCUCUUGCUCAUGGCGAAGAUGUUGGAGGUGCAGAUGAUAGCGGUUCUUUCAUAGAAACUAGAGCAGAGGCAUCACGAUCACCCGGGAUGGAAAACAUGGUGGCGAGGGACAUGGAAUAUCUGGUGACGGUAUUUCCAGUAUUGAUGGAAACGUUGUUCCUCUUCUUCGUCAUCGUGAAUGUGCUUCAAUUAUGGAUAUGAAAACUGAUUGAUGUGGAUCGAUUGGUUCAUUUACAGCCCCGCGAAUGGGAAGCAUGAAAAUUCUAGGCUGCUUGAUCAUGUAGAGUAUAGUCCAUCUUGUUCAGUCUUCGUGUUCGUCUUCUCCCGUUCCAAAAUCCACUUAGGAUGAGAGAAAUGAAAGGAAGCUGUUAUUCUUCAAUUCAAGAAACGAAUUAAUUUCUAUCUAAUGAGUACGACUUCAAUCUAUAAACUUCCAUCUUCACUCUUCUUAUCGUGAAUGUGCUCCUUCAAUUAUGGAGAUGAAAACUGCUAAUGAAUAUGUGAGCAACAAGUAGAUCAUCUAGAUUAUAUAUCUUUUUCUAAUAGGAAUGCUUCUGGCUCAUCGUGCUCUAUUCUCGACGGACAAAGAAGGCUGGAGCAGCGAAAAUGACAACGACAAGGACUUAAGGCGUGAUAUAUCAUGUUAGAAUGAUUUAUAGUAAACAUCAGCUGCUGGUCGCUUGUCGAAGACAGAGUUGCAAGCUGAGGAGGAUCUCACUCGCAUAUUAGAUUAUAGAAUAAUUCAUAGGGGUGCCAGAUCCAGCAUCGGAUGGAUCGGAUGGACCCCUCUAUGUGAGUGGGAUUCUCCUCAGCUUACUACCCACGAGUGUUGAUGGACUACCAACACUGUGACUCAAUUCAUCAACCACGGGUAGCCAUAGUGAUGGAUUUCUGCCUCAUCUAAUGAAUGUAGGAGAAGAAGGAGGAGAAAAAGAUGAAGCAGUAUCUCCAUUUCCUGAACAAGAUGCUAGUGCAAUCAUGGCUGCUGAGCGACUAAUUGAUCGUGCAUCAGCUGCAAGUUCAAGGUCUUUG